UCCUCCUCUUUUCCAGGGAUCCUCCACACCACACCCAUGGCCUGCAACAACAUCUGCCGUCCCUGCGGACCCACCCCGCUGGCCAACAGCUGCAACGAGCCCUGUGCCCUGCAAUGCCAGGAUUCCCGUGUCGUUAUCCAGCCUUCUCCUGUGCAGGUCACCCUGCCAGGACCCAUCAUGACCUCCUUCCCCCAGAACACCGCUGUUGGAUCCACCUCCUCGGCUGCUGUGGGCACUGAACUCAGUGUGCAGGGACAGCCCAUCUCUGGGGGAUUUGGUGGAUUUGGUGGCUUUGGCUAUGGCCGUGGAUUUGGCUACGGGCUGGGCUGUGGCUAUGGGCUGGGAGGCCUGGGCUGCUAUGGCAGAAGGGGUGGCUACAUCUGCUAAGGGUCCUCAGCACCACCCCUGACACCAACCCCCAGCUCCCUGGAACACAUCUCAGGCAUUGAGGACGCCUCUCUGCUCCAAGGCUCUCAGAUGGACUCAGCGCUUCCAGCUCCUGCUCUCAGGGCACCAAUCAAGGCAGUAGCCAAGGGGCCAACCUGGGCCGCCUACAAACAUGGCCCAUCUGCCUCCUGCUCUUCUCCCACUCCCUGCUCUGCAUCACCUCUUUGCUUCCCUCUUCUGCAAACCCCUUCUCUCAAUCCAGGGACCUUUGGGUUACCUCUUCUGAGCUGCUCCCACUGUGGGGCAGGAAGGCCUUGAUGCUCUGGCCAGACCGACUGCAAGCAAAGGAUCUGUGCUGAUGGUUGUCCUAUUGCACCUCAGGCCAGCUCCAUUUUAUUUAAUUCUCCUGCUUUUUAUUUUUUUUUUCUAUUUUUUUUUUUGCUUCAAUAAAGUUUUCCUGCAUCAUAGCCUCAGGUGACUCCUUUUUCCUUCUUCUCCCAAGACUGCUCCUACCUCUCAUGGCCUGAAUCCAGGUGUCAAUUGUCCAAAAGUUCCAGCAGGCCUUGGGUUUGGUGUUCAACCUCUUUCCAGUCUGGGCAAGCCACUCAUCCCAGCAGAGACGUGACCCUCCAAGGUGCCAAGACUUACUCAGGGAAAUAUUUCCACCCAAACAACAACCGGUGUAAUUUUCUCUUUUCCAAAACAUGGCACAAGCCUUUCCCUUGCCCAAAUCAAGGGUUGGGUAUGGUUGUGCUCAUCCACAUGGGGCUCGGAUGAAAUCUGCUGCUGUCAGGACAGUCUUGACCAACCUCCUUCCCCAACACCACUCCCGGUCCAUUAGGAGAAACAGAAAGGAAUUCUGGAGGCAGCGAGGAAAGGAAGAGGAAAGAAAGGAAGUGGGAAAAAUGUGUUUUUCCUUUCCAUGGGUUCAGCACUGACUUUGCUGCCCCCAUUCCAUAACCUGUAAGGCACCGGCCAAAGGGGCUCUGGUGUCUUUUCCACAGGGACCAUCACUGUCCGAAGCAUCUCCAGUGUCCUGCGCUGAGGCCAAGGCAAAGAAAUUACUGCAGAAACCACCCCAUGCCUUCCUUCCAUCCCUGGAAGUGUCCAAGGCCAGGGUGGGUUUGUUUGAAAACAACUUCCCGUGGUACUGGAAAUAUUUAUUUCGGAAACUUCAGUGAUUGGUGGCCAUAGACUGGAAAAAUUACGGAUGAGGAGAUGGAAUCAUCUUGAGACCCUACAAAUAGUGGAGCUGAGGGGGCUCAGCCUGGACAAAAGGAGGCUCGAGGGGACCUCCUGGAAGGAGGGUGGAGCCAGGUGGGGGUCGGGUUCUGUUCUCAAGGGACAAGGGACAAAAAGAAAUGGUGUCAAGUUGUGCCAGGGGAUAUUUAGUUGGAUAUUAGGAAAAACUCCUUCCCAAGAAGGGUUGUCCAGCCCUGGUGUGGGGCAGUGGUGGUGUCCCCAUCCCUAAGAGGGAUCAAGUUCCAUGUGGAUGUGGCACUUGGGGACGUGGUCAAGAGUGGCUUUGGCACUGCUGGGGAGAGUUGGACUCGGUCUCAGAGGGCUUUUCCAACCUCAGCAAUUCCACAAUUCUACGCCCCUAUGGAAUUUGUGGCUGAUUCCAAGAUUUCAAUUCCUUACAGUAAACACAAAACCAAUUUUGCCAUCUGGAACCUACGGCUCAGUGCCUCUUCAAAUCAUGGAGAAUCCCAAUGAACCACCUCAUUGACAAGAACAAUAAGCCAAUGAUAAAACAACGAUAAGCCAAUGAUAAAACAACAAUAAGCCAAUGAUAACCGCGUGAUAAAAUUCCACUAAGCUUCCUUAAACCUUCAUUAUCCACAUAAAUAAUUCUAGAUGAUUUCUGAUUUGAUGUUCCCUUUUAUGUUUCAUCCACACAGUGAGCUGACGAUCUUGGAGGU